UUUACAGGCUUACCUGGCUUCUUUUCUGCCGCUGCAAGCGUCGUCGGUGCAAGCCUCGCCAUGUUCCGCACGUGCAUGGUCGUUCGCGCCCCGCAACUGCAGUUACUAACUGCCUGACUUUCAGCCGCACGGGAAAUCAGGCCCAGAUGGAAGCGCUAUCGUCCCAUCCUUCUGCGCAUGGUCUCCUUGCACGAUGACGUCACAGCCAGGAACGGACUUAAAUGGAUGGCGGUGCAACGGUCUCUUCAGUGGGCACGGAGGCACGGCCAGGAGCAGUAUGCUUCAGUUCCCACGCUUCUGCCUUUUACAGGCUUACCUGGCUUCUUUUCUGCCGCUGCAAGCGUCGUCGGUGCAAGCCUCGCCAUGUUCCGCACGUGCAUGGUCGUUCCCGCCCCGCAACUGCAGUUACCAACUGCCUGACUUUCAGCCGCACGGGAGAUCAGGCCCAGAUGGAAGCGCUAUCGUCCCAUCCUUCUGCGCAUGGUCUCCUUGCACGAUGACGUCACAGCCAGGAACGGACUUAAAUGGAUGGCGGUGCAACGGUCUCUUCAGUGGGCACGGAGGCACGGCCAGGAGCAGUAUGCUUCAUUCCCACGCUUCUGCCUUUUACAGGCUUACCUGGCUUCUUUUCUGCCGCUGCAAGCGUCGUCGGUGCAAGCCUCGCCAUGUUCCGCACGUGCAUGGUCGUUCCCGCCCCGCAACUGCAGUUACCAACUGCCUGACUUUCAGCCGCACGGGAGAUCAGGCCCAGAUGGAAGCGCUAUCGUCCCAUCCUUCUGCGCAUGGUCUCCUUGCACGAUGACGUCACAGCCAGGAACGGACUUAAAUGGAUGGCGGUGCAACGGUCUCUUCAGUGGGCACGGAGGCACGGCCAGGAGCAGUAUGCUUCAGUUCCCACGCUUCUGCCUUUUACAGGUGUGUAAGCCAUACUCCUUGUACGCUAAAAAAAUGAUAAUCGUUGUUUGGUCCUGCUUCCGUGCCCGGAAGUGCUUGCUGACAUUGCCUGUGAUUGCUUUUCGAUGCUUUUUUUGUUACUUCGUUCUGGUGAUGUGGAAGCUAAUCCGGGCCCUGACAGGCGUACUAAAGCCCUGCUCGAUAUGGAUUCAUUGCCUGAUGAUCCCUCCGAAAAGAUGACAGCCAUAUUUACCCUCAUUAAAGACCUUCAUACGCGCUCAACUCAUUCCGCAAAGGUCCAGAGCGAGUUGGCAACUGAUGUUAAAGAUAUAAGGACAAGCCAAAAGAAAAUCGAAGCUCAAAUUACGUCAAUCCAGAAGAGGCUUGAUGAACUUGAAACAAAAACGAAAUUGAUUGAGCUCCUAGAACGUGCUGUUGAUCACGUAGAGGACUCAGUCAAGUCGGUUGACACCCAUCUUGGCCAUUUAGAAUCCCGUCUGAACGAGCAAGAGGACCGUUCCCGGCGCAACAACCUAAUUCUUCGAGGCAUUCCAGAUUCUCAAGAAUCGUGGGAACAAUCCGAGUCCAAGAUAAGGGCCAUCUUAACAGGUGCGCUUGACGCCCUGUCAGACAACGGGAUCGAACGCGCGCAUCGCUUAGGAUCAUAUUCGCAAAACAAAUGCCGCCCUAUGAUUGUCAAAUUUUCUGAUCUCAAAUCAAAAGAAAAAGUGCUUUCUGCAAGAGCAAUACUGAAAGAGAAAAAUAUAAGCGUUAGCGAAGACGUUUGUGUAGCCACACGUGAAGUGAGGCGAAAACUAUUCCAGUUUGCUAAAGAUCAACCUGGCGCACCCGCCUACCAAGUGCGUUACAAAAAGUUAAUUAUAAAUAAGAAGCAAUAUGUCUACGACCCGAUACGUCAAUGUGUCAAAGAAAACGAGUCGUCACAAACACGCAGAGCUGCAGGCAAUACAGAGCAUGCGCCUGGGCGCACACCUGUUACCGGGCAGUCGACGUCCACUGCUCGCUCUGUGAGAUAGGAACGCGACAGGGUCAGCAAGCGCAACCUAUCAAAUACCUCCUUUCUUUUUA